ACAGUGUAUUUUUUGGAAGUCAUUCAGGGCUAUUAAACGUGUCAGCUUGCAGUCAUGUACAUUCGCCGUGGAUAUGGAGAGACACACACCUGGAGAGCCCUUGCAUAUGGAGAGACACACACCUGGAGAGCCCUUGGAUAUGGAGAGACACACACCUGGAGAGCCCGUGGAUCUGAACGCAGUGGCUGUAGUGUGUCGUCGUGCCUGGAACGCCGUGGAGCCUCGGGACAGGACAGAGAUGAAGAGUCCCGCACAGACUGUGAUCAUUCACCACACAGCGCUCCGGUUCUGCGCGCAACCGCGCGAGAGCGUCUCUCAGCUCGCUCACAUCCAGCACAUGCACGUCCAAGAGAGGGGCUUCGACGAUAUCGGUUAUAACUUUCUGAUCUCUGGAGAUGGGACGGUGUAUGAAGGGCGAGGAUGGGGGAUUGUAGGGGCCCAUGCAAAGGAACACAACCUCAAUUCUGUUGGCAUCGCGUUUAUGGGCAACUUCAACAAUGAAAUGCCCAGUUCUUCAUCACUGUCUGCUCUGCUGAGAUUGCUGCACAUUGGAGUUCUUCACGGUCAUGUACGGCCCAAUUUUGUGCUUGUGGGACACAGAGAUGUGGCAAAAACUGAGUGUCCGGGGAAAAAUUUAUAUGCUCUACUACCAAAAUUAAGAGAUGAGUUACAAAAGCUGUGACCUCUUUUAUAUGCAUUGCCUUUAAUCCCUGCUGUGUCUGUAGCAAUGUGUGAAUGUGUAAAUGUAUGAUAGGUUUAUUUUUGCUCUAAAAUUACGUUAGUCUUUUGUGACUUAAAAUCUCUUAUUAAAAUCUCUCAUAAAAAAAUAUUUUUAUCAAAAUUUGGAACCAAGCUUAAAGGCUAUAAUGAAGAGACCCACUGGGGAAUUAAAUUAUGAAAAAUAGAAAAUUCUGUUUAUCCAGUAAGAGGAUUCAUCUUUUUGGUUCCUUUAGGAUUGGAUACAAAUUAUAAUAGAAAUCGUAUUCACAAUCCUUUAUGAUUUAUGGAUGAGAGAUAUUUUACAGAUGAUUCCUUUAAAGAUUAAACUUCUCGAAAUCUCCUAAAUCACAAUUAAGUUUUAAUUCAUCACUUCUAUACCGACGAACCUCUAGUUCAUAUGGACUGUACAGUACCAUGCAAUAAAUUAGUACUCAUGUGUGGCCAUAGGAGGAUGUUAGAUAUCCUAAAAAUGAAACGCUUUGCAUAUAUGCCUGUUUAUUUUUGAAGCCUUUUUGUCGCAGUGACAUGUUUAUUUGAUGCUGUGCAUCAAUGUCUUUUCAUGAAGUCAAUGGUGGUCCUUGUGUCUGUUUAAAUCAUUAAACUCAUAUUUAUUGCUA